UUGAGGACACUGCAAAUAUACACAGAAAGUACUUAUAUAGAUAUAUUCUAAAUGCAUACAUAGCCUACAGUACACUCAACUUCCUAUUUCAAUGUGCAAGUGAAACAAGUGUCAAGUUGGUCCACUUUCCAUCUGACAAUCCUUCAGCACGGUCAUCAUGCAAGGCACAGACGGCUCUCAAUCAAACUUCACACAAUGGACCCCUGAGAGUAAGACAAGUGGUGCCAUUUUUGGGAUAUGCAUGAUACUUGGCAUCCCAGGAAAUUUGGCGGUAGUGGUGAUUAUAUUAACAUGCUUCAAAAAGAAAUCCUUCACUUUACAUCUGAUGCUCAAUUUGGCUGUGUCUGACAUCAUAUGCUUGCUCACAAUGCCACUCUGGAUCAAUAAUCAAUUGAAUGGCUGGAAUCUCGGUAAAUCUGCCUGCAGGCUCUUUAUCGUCAUACUCUACGUAAGUGUUGUUUCCAACCUUCUGACGGUCACGCUGAUGAGUGUUCAACGUUAUCUGCAGGUUCUGUAUACUCACCAGUGGGCCAAGCUGGGCAGAAGAGGAGAAAAGGCUCUACUGGUCAGUCUGUGGACAAUAUCCCUUGUCAUUUCUGGACCGUAUUCGUUAAUGUAUGAUGCUGGAGAAAAAGGAUGUGAGAUUUCCAUAUUAUCCGGAGCUGAGAGGUUAUUCGUUUUGUGUUUUGAGACUGUGUUAUGCUUCAUCGUUCCAUUCUUUACAAUGCUAAUCUUUUACUUCUAUCUUCAUAAGAAAGUAAACCAAAAGGCAUUCUUGAGACACCAACGGAUGACUAAAAUGGUCACUUGCAUUUUGGUGGCUUUUUUUGUAUUGUGGGUCCCUUACCAUAUUUUUAAUCUUGUUGAGAUAACGGCCAUAAUAUUGAAGUUUUCAUACCAACACACAUCUGAGAAGUUGCUUGACUUGACACAGCGUCACAGACACAUUGUUGAAGGCUUUGCCUCCUUCAACACCUGCGUGAACCCGUACCUCUAUGCUUUUUCAUUUAAAAGACUUCGAAGAAAAGAUAAACAGCCAGAGAAAGACAAUAAUGGUACUAAGUGUUCCAGCGAAAUGUAUUGAUGUAAUAAAAUGAAAAUAUUGUGUGAAUGUUGAGUAAAUGCAAAUUUGUUACUUGGACACAAUUUACAUUUCAUGCCAUUUUAUGCAUUUUAAAAUAACACAUUUUGUGUAUUUUAACUUCAUUAACUUAAUACAAAUAUUAAUUGCAUUGGUUAUGCUGAUUCAAACCAUGAAUUUUAAACCAAAUGAUCGUUUUGGUCUGUUUGGUUGCCAGUGCAUUAAUUGACUUCACAAAACGGAUGUGGCUGCAAUACAUAUUUAGUAUGUCUAUUAGACACAGUUGUACAGUAUUGUUAGGUUUCUAAUGUUCCUGUUCCUGCUUGUGCAAAGUAGAAUGACCUAAUAAAGAAAUGUUUAAUGA